AUGGUUAGCUUUGAGAGAAUUCCUACUUGGUAUUGGUCUUCUAUAGGCGUGACGAAAUAUUGCAUAAAUAACCGAGGUCCCUCACUUCCUAAUCUGUGGGCGUUGUGGGGUAAUGAUUUAAUGGCGACUGUUAUUUUCGUUUCUGACCAAUGCAUUGCUUUGGAGGUUUCUUGUUUCCAUUCAACUGUUUAUAUUGCUGCGAUCUAUGCUAAUACUUACUAUGUGAAGCGUCGAGAGCUUUGGGCUGCUCUCACUCAUUUGCAAGGUUGUUUUCAAGGGCUGUGGUUGUAUAUGGGUGAUUUUAAUGCCAUUUUGGGCGCUCAUGAAAAAAGGGGUAGGCGCCAUCCUCCUCCUUUGUCUUGUGAAGAUUUCUUGAAUUGGACAAAUGCAAAUUCUUUAAUUCAUCUCUCCACUUUGGGGUCUUUUUUCACUUGGACUAAUGGUCGAUUCGGUGUGCAAAAUGUUGCUCUUCGCCUUGACCGUGCUGUUUGUAAUGAUGAAUGGUUAAAUUUUUGGCGUCAAGCUACUUGCACAACGUUAGUUCGAGACCAAUCUGACCACCAUCCGCUUUUACUAUCUCUUAUUUUCUCAACUGUACAGCAUUCCAGUCCUUUCAAAUUCUUUAAAGUUUGGACUUCCCAUGAGGAUUGUCGCAAGUUGGUGACUGAAGCUUGGUCUAAAGGUGUUAGCGGGCAGGGCAUGAAACGGUUACAGGCGAAGUUACGUUAUGUUAAAAAUUCUUUCCGGUCUUGGAACCGUAAUGUUUUUGGUGAUGUGGAUAGGCAGGUGCAACUUGCGGUGGAUGAAGUGAACCGUAUCCAGCUUUUACUUGACACUGAAGGAUUUUCUGACAAUCUUUAUUUGCAGGAUUUAGAAGCUCAGCUUCUCUUAACAAAAGCGUUAAAUGUUCAGGAACAAUUUUGGAAAGAGAAGGCGCGAAAUCAGCAUUUUAUUAGUGGGGACCGUAACACUGCUUACUUUCACAGGGUGUCUAAAAUCCGGGCAGCCACCAACUCUAUUUCUUUACUGCAGGAUGGUGAAAAUGUUCUUACUGAUCCCAUGGAUAUUGAGAUGCAUAUUCUUUCUUAUUUUCAAGGUAUUUUUACCAUGGAUAAUAACUGUGUUCAAAAUACGUUGGUGGAUGAGACUAUCCCCGUGCUAGUUACGGAGGUGGAGAAUCAAAGGCUCCUGGAUUUACCUGGUUUUAAGGAAAUCAAGGAUGCAGUUUUUGCUCUUAAUGCUGAUGGAGCACCAGGUCCGGAUGGGUUUGGUGGCCAUUUUUAUCAAACAUUUUGGGAUGUCGUGGGCACUGAUGUGGUCCAAUCUGUUCAAGAUUUUUUCCUCCAUGGUGUGAUUCCUCCUAAUGUAAACUCGAAUAUGAUUGUGUUACUUCCAAAGAUUCAAGGCGCUCAGUCCAUGGGAGACUACCGUCCUAUUGCUCUUGCGAACUUUCAGUUCAAGAUUAUUACUAAAAUUUUGGCGGAUAGACUGGCAUGCAUAACGUCGAGAAUCAUUUCUGUUGAGCAACGGGGAUUUGUUCGUGACCGUCACAUUUCUGACUGUGUAAUUAUUGCUUCUGAAGCGAUCAAUUUGCUUGAUAAACGUCAGUAUGGAGGUAAUAUUGCGCUUAAGGUCGAUAUUUCCAAAGCUUUUGACACUUUAGAUUGGGAUUUUCUUAUCAUGGUGCUGCAUAAUUUUGGUUUCUCCACUACUUUCAUAAACUGGAUCCUUGCUAUUUUACAAUCGGCUCGUUUAUCUAUUUUAGUAAAUGGCACAGCGGUUGGUUAUUUCCCUUGCACCCGUGGGGUGCGUCAGGGGGAUCCUCUUUCCCCUCUUUUAUUUUGUAUUGCAGAGGAGGUUCUCAGUCGUGCAUUAUCUAUUUCUGCUAAUAGGGGGCGGCUUACACCUAUGUCCUAUUGUCGGGGAUCUUUCCUCCCGACUCAUGUGUUAUAUGCGGAUGAUGUUUUGGUUUUUUGCACGGGGCUGAAGUGUAAUAUUAGGGAGCUUUUUCUUAUUUUUCAGAAAUACUCAGAGGUGUCAGGGCAGAUUAUUAACAAUGUAAAGAGCCGGUUUUAUACGGGAGCUAUGUCUACAACUCGGACAAAUAUGAUUGCUAAUUUAUUGAGCUUCCCGGUGGGAACAUUGCCGUUUCAGUAUCUUGGUUGCACCAUUUUUCAAGGAAAACCAAAGGUAAUUCACUUUCGUAUGAUUGCGGAUAAAAUUAAAAACAAACUAGCUACUUGGAAAGGUCGCAUUCUGUCCAUUAUGGGAAGGGUGCAGCUUGUUAAAUCAUUGUUUCAUGGGAUGCUUGUAUACUCUUUCCAUGUUUACCUUUGGCCUAGAAGGUUGCUGCGUUUUCUUGAUUCGUGGAUUAAAAAUUUCAUCUGGAGUGAUGACGUCCAUUCUAGGAAAGUUUGCACGGUAGCUUGGAAAAUAAUGUGUCGUCCGUGGGUUGCAGGUGGCCUAGACAUUAAACCUACACGUUUGAUCAAUGAUGCCUUGAUUAUGAAACUGUCUUGGGACCUACUUGCUUCAGAUGCACAGUGGUCUACUCUUUUAAAGAGGCGUUAUUUUUCCAAUGGUGUGCCUCGUCUGCGUUAUUUCAAGUCCUCGGUUUGGUCCGGAAUCAAGGUACAUAUAGGUACUGUGUUGGAUAACUCUUUAUGGAUAGUGGGCAGCGGUGAUCGUAUCAAUUUUUGGACGGAUAAUUGGUUAGGGGAGCCGUUGGUGGAUUUGUUGCAUUUAGAUAAAGAGUUUCAUGGGCACCUUAAAGGAAAGCUUUCUGAAGUGAUUAUUAACGGAGCCUUCUUCUUGCCUGCACCUAUCGCUGCUAGUGGUGACAUCCAACUCAGAUUAGAUAGCAUCGUUUUACCAAACAGCCAGCUGCCGGAUGUUUUGGUUUGGAGGCAUGCUUCGAAUGGAAUUCUUUCGUCAAAGCAAGCCUAUUCGUUUCUGUGCCUGCGUGCUAUUCUGCUGCCUUCGGCGGAAGUAAUUUGGUCUGCUGCCAUACCGCCUUCCAUUUCUUUCAUUUAUUGGCGGCUUCAUCACCGAAAAAUGCCCACGGAUGAAAAUCUCCGUCGCCGUGGCUGUAUCGUCGUGUCCGUUUGCAGCCUUUGCUUGACAGCAGCAGAAUCUUCGGAACACCUUUUCCUUUCUUGCAUCUUUGCGGCUCAGCUUUGGGGUUGGCUUGGCUCUAGACUCAAUUGUGUUGUGGAUACAUCUUCCUUUGCUGCUCUUUUGUCUUGUAGACCAGCAAGCUGCUCCUCUCAAGUGGCGGAAAUAUAUCUAGCAGCAAUAUUGCAUACUCUUCAUUCUAUUUGGUGCGCUCGCAACUCCAUCCGGUUUUCAUUCUUAGCGCCUUCUUUGCAUGCUGCACAGGUUCGUAUCCAUUCUUCUAUUACUAUGUCUGGUAAUGCUUCUAGAGGAAAAUGUUUGCCUUCGGAUUACCCCUUUCUGGAUUCUUUUAUGGUCUCGCACCAUAGCCGUCGAGUUAAGGAAAUUAUACCGGUUUUGUGGAAGGCUCCGACAUCCCCUUGGUUAAAAGUUAAUACGGACGGCUCGGUGAUAGGAGGUCACGCAGCUUGUGGGGGGCUGUUUCGUGACUCUCUCGGUACUUUCCGUGGAGCUUUUUGUUGUAACAUUGGUCUACAAUCUAUUUUCUAUGCGGAGGUGCUUGGUUUUAUCAUUGCUAUUGAAUAUGCAGCAUCUAAAGAGUGGCGACACAUUUGGUUGGAAAGCGACUCCUCUAGUGCUUUAUUGAUUUUUUCUAAUCCCUUGUUGGUUCCUAUUAUGCUCCGUAACAGAUGGCAUAAUGCUAGGCGGUUGGGAGUUCAGAUUCUAUCAUCUCAUAUUUUUCGUGAAGGCCAAUUUGAGAACUUGCCGGAAAACUAUGUCUCUUGGUCCCACUGCCAACCACAUUACAUGCUAGAAAAUCCGGCUGUUUUCUGCGAACUUCCAACUUUUAACGGCCAUCCAUCGGGUCGGGCCAGAUAUCCGAGUCGGAGCAGAAACAUACCCAAGAGACGCAACAACAAUGCAGAUACAUUUGAAAAUCGGAAAGAUUCAUUGAAGACCAACCGAUUCACAAGAAAUUUUCGCCAGUUUAACUACUCUAAGAGGAGGUUUACCGACACCAAAAGUAUCUCUGCCCCGUUUACACCCCACAACACGACAUCGUUCAUAAUCCGUGCGAAGAAGUCUGGCGGGAUAGCUUCCCUGGUCUCACCUUGUGCGAUGACGCCGACGAUUCUAACAACUCCGACACUAUAUCCUACAACUGAGGUGAUCGUGGAGACAGCCAAGGAAAAGUGGGGACUGGAUGCAUAUGGCACCAUGAAAGGCCUAAUCCGUCUCCGGAAGGAAAAAGAAAACUCCGACCAAGCUGGUGAAAACAAUGACUUGAAAAAUGAAGUUGAGAAGAGAUUGAACAAUGAUUUAAGUAGGUUUGAGAUGAUAUAUCCAACAAGUUGUGGUGAUAAACAUAAUUUGGAGAAUAGGGUUGAUGAACAUGAUUUGAAAAUUAAACAUCUUGAAGAACAAAAUCUAACACUUAAGGAAAGAAUUUUUCUCAUGGAAAGGGAAUUGGGUGACUUGAGGCAGCGUGUUGUAUGCUUUGAGACCGGGGGGAAUUGGCGCUGGUGA